AUGGCUUGGUCUACCUUGGCCGGAAGGAAGACGCUGCCGAUGGUUGUGCUGGCCAUUCUGAGCAUGGCAGUGAACGCCCUGGGCGAGCGACGGCAGCUCCAGCUGAUGCAGGACCCGGCCGGCGACGUGCUCUCGUACCACGGCGGCGCGGUGCUCAGCGGUGACAUCCCGGUGUCGAUCGUGUGGUACGGCAAGUUCACGCCGUCGCAGAAGGACGUCGUCGUCGACUUCGUGCGGUCGCUCACGCCCACGUCGCGGCAGGCCGCGACGCCGUCGGCCGCGCAGUGGUGGAGCACCCUCGCGACGUUCUACCUGUCGAACGCGACCACGGGCGGCGGCGGCGGCGGAGGCGCGAAGUCGGUGACGACGCGCGUUGUCCUGUCCAGCCAGGUGUCCGACGAGGCGUACUCCCUCGGCAAGACGCUGACGCUGGUCCAGAUCUUCCAGCUCGCGGCCGGGACGACGCCCAAGAGAGGCGCCGUCGUGCUGGUCCUCACCGACCCCGACGUGGCCGUCGAGGGCUUCUGCAGCGUGCGCUGCGGCCUCCACGGCUCCGACGCCGGCGCCGGGUACGCCUACGCGUGGGCGGGGAACGCCGCGAGCCAGUGCCCCGGGCAGUGCGCGUGGCCGUUCGCGCGGCCGGCGUACGGGCCGCAGGACCCGCCGCUCGGCGCCCCCAACGGCGACGCCGGCGUGGACGGCAUGAUGGUGACGCUCGCCAGCAUGCUGGCCGGCGCGGUGACCAACCCGUUCGGCGGCGCCUACUACCAGGGGGACAGGGACGCGGCGCUCGAGGCCUGCACGGCGUGCGCCGGCGUGUACGGGAGCGGCUCGUAUCCCGGUUACGCCGGGAAGGUGCUCGUUGACACGGCCAGCGGCGGCAGCUACAACGCCAUCGGCGGCGGCAAGAGGUUUCUGCUCCCCGCCAUUUACAACCCGGCGACGGCAGGUUGCUCUACGACGGUGUAA